AUGUCAGCUCAGGGGCUUGUGGCCUGCCUCUGCCAGGAGGGGGACAAGCACCUGGCCCUGGGGGAGCUGCCCUUAGCCACAGCCUUCUACCUGGCGGCCUUUAGCUGCCACGCCCCUUCAGCCGUGCAGCAUGUACAGGCUCUCCUGGCUGAGGACCCAGGGGCACCUGUCGUGGCCACCCUGGAGGCCUGGUGUCGUGGGGACAGCCAGAUCCCUGCUAUCCACUGGGAUGGCAUGGUGGUGGUCUCCCUGACUGGGCCACUGGCCUCUGCCUUCCUCGGUGCCAUUUGUCCAGAUCACCCUGCCACUGUCUUGUACCUUUUGGCUGGCCUGCUGGCCCAAGGGCGUCACGUGGAAGUGGUGCGGCGCUGUAACAAGCUGUUGGAUGCGCACUCCCAACAAGCCCUGGAGCUGCAGCUGACGCGUGCCCUGGCCUGGGUCUUGUCUGUGGACCAGGCCAGAGAGGGCAUAGCUGCCUAUCUUCAGAACUUUGCCUCCAGCGCAGACCGGACAGUGGCCUUCAUCCGUAGCCACCAGCAGCCCUACCUCCCCAGGCUGCUUGGCACACUCCAGAACUACCUCUCAGGACACUUGAAGACCAUAGGUAGUGCCAGCCAGCAAGAGACCAACUGCCGGGGACUUCUGGAAGCCCUGGACCCCAGAGGCAGCUGGAUGGGUACCAUGUCACCAGAAGCUCUGCUUCGUAGAGGCAGGUUUGAGGAUUGCCGGGCAGCAUGCAGCCGGGACAUUCAGCCUGAUUCAACAGGGAGUAGACCCAAAGGUGAGCACCUGGCAGCCCUGCUGGUCACCCGCGCGGUCGCCACCUUCUUUCAGGAUGGCCCAGUCGGGGACAUGCUGCGGGACCUACAGCAGGCCUUCAGCGAGAGCCCCGCUGGCGCGCGGAGGCAGUUCCAGGCCCUGCUGUCAGCCGAGGAACGCGAACGCCUGCAGGGGCAGGCGCAGGAGGCCGCGGACUUGGGCUUCGCCCGCUUCCUGGAGGCAGUGCGAAGUCGCGCCGAGCUGCGCCGGGAUGCGGACCGCGAGCUCUUGGUUCCCGUGACCCGCGCGCUCCGUGUCCUGCUCCGCGUGGCGCCCGCCAGACGGCGACCCGCGCUGGGCACUCGCCUGGCCGAGUGCCUACUGUUGGCCGGGGACGUGGCGGGGGCUCGCGCGCAGUGUGAGCGCCUCCUCCGACCCAGGCGUCCCGGGGAGCGCGCGGGAGACCGCACCGGAGAGCACGCGCCACUGCUGGCACUGCGCGGCUUUUGCGCCCUGCACGCGGGCGAUGCGCGGCGCGCGCGAGAGGACUUCCAGGCGGUCGUGGAGCGCGCGGCGCCGCACGCGGGAGGCUGCGUGCGCGCGCUGUGCGGCCGAGGGCUGCUGCGCGUGCUGGCUGGCAGCGCCUUCUUGGGCGCUCUGGACUAUGUCACCGCCUGCCGGCUGCGUCCGGAGGAGGCGCUGGUGGUCGCCAAAGCCUACGUACCCUGGAACCAUCGAGGGUUGCUGCUAACCGUGCUGCGGGAGGAGGGCCGCAAGAUGCUGCUGCGCUCGCCUAGCUACGCAGCGAAGGCUGCGCAGGCGCAGGAGGGGGAUGCCUACGGUGUGUACCAGCUGGCCAUGCUGUUAACAGAGAUGGAUGCAGAGGAUGAGACUUCCUGCCUCUUGGCAGCUGAUGCCCUGUACCGCCUGGGCCGCCUGGAUGAUGCUCACAAAUCCCUGCUGGUGGCUCUUUCCCGGAGGCCCCAGGCAGCCCCUGUGCUGGUGCGACUGGCCCUGCUUCAGCUGCGGAGGGGCUUCUGCUAUGAUGCCAACCAGCUAGUAAAGAAGGUAGCCCAGUCUGGAGACACUGCCUGCCUCCAGCACACGCUGGAUAUCUUCCAUCAUGAGGACCUGCAGCUUCUGCAAGGCCACUGCCAUUCACGGGCAUUACGUAUCCUGUGGGCCCGGCCAGGUGGGUCAGACAGUGAGGCCCACACCAGGGAAGCCAUCGCCUAUCUCUCUUUGGCCAUCUUUGCUGCAGGAAGUGGAGCCAGUGAGUCCCUCCUUGUCCGAGCCCGCUGUUACGGGCUCCUGGGUCAGAAGAAGACGGCCAUGUUUGAUUUCAACUCCAUACUUCGGGAGGAACCAGGGAAUGUGAAAGCUCUGUGUGGGCGAGCUCUCCUGCAUCUGGCCCUGGACCAGCUGCAGGAAGCUGUGGAUGAUAUGGUCUCCGCCCUGAAGCUUGAUCCGGGCACUGUUAUCCCCGAGAUCCUCUCCCUGAAGACAGAAGUUCAGUUGCCCCUUACCCAGGGCCUGUAUACCCACUGCCGGGUCCUCCUGAACCAGUGUCUGGACACUGGGGUGCCCCUUAGGGAAAAGGACACCCAAGGCCUCCUUGCCAUGGGGGAGGCACUGGUUAGAAUCAAUGCUGCACAGCCCAGUUGGCACCUGCUUCUCACAGACAUCCUCACAGGGCUGGGCAAUUAUCAGGAGGCUGGCACCCACUUGCAAGAAGCCCUACACCUCACCCCAUCAUCAGAGGCUGCUCAGGCCCGGAGAGGCUUGCUCCAGCUUAAAAGGGGAGAUGUAUCAGCUGCUGCCCAUGACUUGCAGUGCCUGGCAGAGAUAGAUACUCAGGAGCUCGGCUUCCUGUUACGUCUCCUUGAAUCCCCAGAGCGGCAGAGUCUCAUGCAGGCCGCUGCCAAGGAAGCAAGCAACCUCUUGGAUUUAGGGAAUCCGGGGCAGGCACUGAGCUACUGUUCUUUGGCCAUCCUGGCCGGAGAGGGCAAUCCUUACCAUCUGCGUCUCCGAGUGGCCUGCUUGACCCAGCUGCGGGAGUAUGACCGGGCGCUCAGGGACCUGGACCGGGUGCUGCAGCAGCCUGUAGAGUACAGUGACCUGCCAAGAAGGACAGAAGAUUUCUGCACCCGGGGUCGCCUGCUUCUGAGUCUGGGGGAUAAGGAUGGAGCCUCAGAGGCCUUUACCCAGGCUUUGGCCCUAGCACCAGCCCAGGCUCAAAGCAGCCUGCUGGAGCAACCAGGCCGGGCCACGACAGCCAGUGUGUUUCUGAUCCGUGGGCAGCGCUGUCUAGAGGAGCAGCACUUGGAGGAGGCCUGGACAGCAGUCCAGAAUGGACUCCUGGUAGACCCCAGCCACAGUGGGCUAAAGAAGCUGAAACUGAGGACUCGCAAGGUGGCCGCCUCUGGCUGCAGGCUGCACUAA